GGCACGUGCGGGAGGAAGUAGCUCUGGUGUUCUGGCUGCCUUGAAUUUCUCAACGUGGAGCUAUGGGAGGUCUGGAGAAGAAGAAGUAUGAACGAGGCUCUGCCACCAAUUAUAUCACCCGAAACAAGGCCAGGAAGAAGCUGCAGCUGAGCCUGCCUGACUUCAGGCGGCUGUGCAUCCUGAAAGGUAUUUAUCCUCACGAACCCAAGCAUAAGAAGAAAGUUAACAAGGGUUCCACAGCAGCCCGGACAUUUUACCUUAUCAAAGACAUUAAAUUCCUCCUCCAUGAGCCCAUCGUCAACAAGUUCCGAGAGUACAAGGUGUUUGUUCGGAAGCUCCGCAAAGCCUAUGGAAAGAGCGAAUGGAAUGCUGUGGAGCGCCUGAAGGACAAUAAACCCUGCUACAAACUUGACCACAUUGUCAAGGAGCGGUACCCCACAUUUAUCGAUGCUCUGCGGGACCUCGAUGAUGCCCUGUCAAUGUGCUUCCUCUUCUCCACCUUCCCUCGGACUGGCAAGUGUCAUGUGCAGACCAUUCAGUUGUGCCGUAGGCUCACUGUGGAGUUCCUGCACUAUGUCAUCACUGCCCGAGCCCUGCGCAAGGUCUUCCUGUCCAUUAAAGGCAUUUAUUAUCAGGCUGAGGUGCUGGGUCAGCCCAUCGUAUGGAUUGCACCCUAUGCUUUCUCCCAUGAUCAUCCGACAGAUGUGGACUACAGGGUCAUGGCCACCUUCACUGAGUUCUAUACCACGCUCCUGGGCUUUGUCAACUUCCGUCUCUACCAGUCACUCAACCUUCACUACCCACCAAAGCUUGAAGGUCAAGCCCAAGCAGAGACAAAGAUCAGCGAGGACACAUAUGCAUUGGACUCUGAGAGCUCUAUGGAGAAACUGGCUGCCCUCAGUGCCAGCCUGGCCCGAGUGGUGGUGCCUGCUAUAGAGGAGGCUGAGGCUGAUGAAUUCCCUACUGAUGGGGAGGUGACAGCACAGGAGGAAGAUCGGAAGAAAGAGCUGGAGGCACAGGAAAAGCACAAGAAACUCUUUGAAGGCCUGAAGUUCUUCCUGAACCGAGAGGUGCCCCGUGAAGCAUUGGCCUUCAUCAUCAGGAGUUUUGGUGGGGAUGUAUCCUGGGACAAGUCUCUGUGUAUCGGAGCCACCUAUGACGUCACAGACUCAUGCAUCACCCACCAGAUUGUUGACCGGCCGGGGCAGCAAACCCCCAUCAUUGGCAGGUACUAUGUACAGCCCCAGUGGGUCUUUGACUGUGUGAAUGCCCGGCUCCUCCUCCCUGUGGCAGAGUACUUCCCCGGGAUGCAGCUGCCCCCACAUCUUUCACCCUUCGUAUCUGAGAAGGAAGGAGAUUACAUUCCCCCUGAGAAGCUGAAGCUCCUGGCUCUGCAGCGGGGAGAAGACCCAGGACACUUGGAAGAGGAGGAGGAGGAGGAUGAAGAUGAUGACAACGAAGGUGAUGUUGCAGCGGAAAAUGAAGAGGAAGAUGUGGAAGUUGAAUCGGAGGAGGAGGAGGAGGAGGAGGUGCACCUUUCGGCCUUGGAGCAGCACAGGCUGGAAGAGAAGAAACCCCAGGUUAUGGCCGGCACUGUGAAGCUGGAAGACAAGCAGCGGCUGGCCCAGGAGGAAGAGAGUGAGGCUAAGCGCUUGGCCAUCAUGAUGAUGAAAAAGCGAGAGAAGUACCUUUACCAAAAGAUCAUGUUUGGCAAGCGGCGCAAAAUCCGAGAGGCCAACAAGCUGGCAGAGAAGAGGAAAGCCCAUGAUGAUGCUGUGAGGUCUGAGAAAAAGGCCAAGAGGACAAGGCCCGUGUGAGCUCCAGUUGUCCCUCACUGAGAUUUGGACUUGGCAGAAGCAAGCUAGUGAAACACACAUACACACCAGCCAGCACUCUCAUACUUUGGUGGUAUGUGGCUAGCCCCAGCCGCCUUUGUGGUUCAUGCCAGUGCCUGGGCAAAGAGACCUCAACCCAACGCAGUUCUUAAUCCAGGAGUCCGUCUGACAUCCUCAUUUUCCUUGGCUUUCUACAGCCUCCUACAUAGCUGUGCCCAUCCUGUGCUCAGGAUGCUGUUGCGGAGUGAGGGUGGUGAGCUUUUAUUAUUAAAUGGUUGGAUCUUUACAGCCAAUUGGAUUCUGUGUUCAGAAGCCUCCCUGGGAUUGGAGAGGUGUCAUCCUCUCCAAUCCAGAUGGGUUCAGGCACACUAGGACUCCCGAGUUCAAGGAAGGUAGAAAAGACACAGGUUCUGGGCUUGGGUUUCAGUCACACUUGCCCUGGCCUGGUUCCUGUUUCAGCUCAGGCUCUACUCUGAACCUCCUUCCUCAAGUUAGGGUUGGAAGUUCUGGAACCUUCCCACAAGCAGUAUGCUUGUCCAAUUCAGUCAUGGUCCAUAAACAACUGUCUUCCCUCACUUCCUGCUGGAGUUCCUGAGAAGGUGAAAGGAGGCAUCUAAGUUGAGGUUUCCUUUGCUGUGAUGAAGCACCAUAACCAAAAAGUAAGCUGGGGAGAAAAGUAUGUAUGGCUCACACUUCCACAUUGUAUGUACAAAAGUGUGUAUGGCUCACACUUCCACAUUGUAUGUACAAAAGUGUGUAUGGCUCACACUUCCACAUUGUAUGUACAAAAGUGUGUAUGGCUCACACUUCCACAUUGUAUGUACAAAAGUGUGUAUGGCUCACACUUCCACAUUGUAUGUACAAAAGUGUAUAUGGCUCACACUUCCACAUUGUAUGUACAAAAGUGUGUAUGGCUCACACUUCCACAUUGUAUGUACAAAAGUGUGUAUGGCUCACACUUCCACAUUGUAUGUACAAAAGUGUAUAUGGCUCGCAUUUCCACAUUGUAUGUGCAAAAGUAUGUAUGGCUCACACUUCCACAUUGUAUGUACAAAAGUAUGUAUGGUUCACACUUC